UCAGAGUUCAUCUCGGCUACACGUGCGGAAAAUGGCUACCGCAGGGCCAGGAGACGCGGGGCUCAGUGGGGGAGAGGCGGAGAUGGUGGAGGAGACGGAAGACGGCGAAGAACACCCCAGCUUCGCGAAGGUUCAGAGGAAGCGGAAGAGAAAGCUAAAAAGCCUGGAAAUGGAGGUGGACAGUGAAAGUACAGCUGCCAAGAGACCUUCUUUCCCGCCAGUGGGGGCCUCCGUCACUCCGGGAGGUCACGGGGAGUUCCGCAGGGUCCCCGUUCCCCCACAUCGGUUCAGCCCACUCAAGGAACACUGGAUGAAGAUAUUCACUCCAAUUGUAGAGCACCUCAAGCUCCAGAUCAGACUCAAUCUGAAGAAGAGACAUGUGGAACUACGGAGUUCGAAGUUCACUAAGGAUCCAGGUGCCAUUCAGAAGGCGGCUGACUUUGUGCAGGCAUUUAUGCUUGGUUUCAGUGUUGAGGAUGCUCUGGCUCUAGUGAGACUGGACGAUCUGUUUGUCGACUCCUUUGAAAUAACUGACGUGAAGCCACUGAAGGGAGACCACCUGUCCAGAGCCAUUGGCAGAGUCUCUGGAACCGGAGGAAAGACAAAGUUCACUAUUGAGAAUGUCACAAAAACCAGAAUAGUUCUUGCUGACCGUAAGAUCCACAUACUUGGCUCCUACCAAAACAUAAGACUUGCACGGAACGCCAUAUGCAGUCUCAUCAUGGCUGUCUGCAGCAUUUUUAUAACCUGAAAGUUGUUUUUCUCCUGAAACAUGAGCAAAUUGACGGCAGUUUCACUUUGGUGAGGAGUUCUGUUAGUGACGGUAGAGGAAGGCUGGCCACAAUUCCACUGUUUCCCUCCACCUCUGUGCCAGUGGGGGGAGCAUCCUGUGUCGCCGUGUUUUGGUUUGCGGUCUCUUGAACAAACUUGUCAGCUGCACUUUCCCACACCGCAAAGUCGCAACAAAACCUGUCGGUGCUUUGUUUGCUGUUCGGGGCACUCUGCGCUGUGUCCUGGAGACACUCUAGCCAUGCCGCCAGGUGUAUGUCUGUCACCCAUUUUCCUGCCCCCUUGGUAACUGGGAGUGGAGUGGAGAUGAAACACAAUCAGCAAAGAGCCUUUUUCGUUCCUACCUCUUGUCUUCUCUCUCACUCUAUCCCCACCCAUGUAUACCGAGUGUCUGCGACAAAUUUCCAUCUCUUGAGAGUGAGUUGGACUGUCUCCUCACCCACUGAGAUCCAAGCAGCUGCUGAGUUCAGUGCUGUCCCGCCCACUCACUGAACAGCUGUGUUUGAUCCCAGGCCACAAUGGACCCAUUAAGCCAUUAGGGGGCAUGAAUGGCCUGUACACUUAUGUGUGUGUA